AGGUUUUAUCGAGUGAGCUCAAGUUCUUCCUCCGUGGUCAGUGUGAACAAUGAACCCCAAGUUUUUGGCCGUACUUCUCGCGUCGGCGCUUUUGUCGUCGGCGGUUUCAGGGAAACCUGCUUUGAAGAAACGUCAUCGAGUGGAAACGCCCCGAGAUUCUCGGCAAUUACAGGAAACUAGCUGGGAGACUGUUGGUCAAAUCGUGGGAACUGUGCUGGUGAACUUCGUAUCUGACGACGCUUUCCAGAUGCUCACCGGGGUUCUGACGGCUGGCAACGAGUUGCUCCGUACUGCUGACCAGUACCUGGACAUCACAGAGGCAGUAAUUAAUGCACUGACCGGAGUUCUGAGAAUUGCCUUGGAAUCCAACGACAGGCAAGCUAAACAGCUUAAUGACUUGAUGGGACCUUUGGAAGCAUUAGGACAAUUUUCCGAAACCCCACUGGCGACGAUCAUGAACAGCGUUACGUUGCUUACCGAAUACAUCCCUCGUAAUACGAACCUACGUCAAGAUAUUUGGGGAUUCGGGCAAACGCUGCUUGGGAUCUCAGAGAGACUGAACUCGGUCAUCCGGGAUCUGCGCUCGUCUGUGGACACAACAACUGACAUUGUUAACCGGUUCACGGAAAUCCGCAACAAUCAGGUUUCAGGAGAUUCUCGUCAGGUCGGACAGACCAUCAAUUCUUUCUCCGAGUUUUUCGAAGAGAGUUCCACUGCUCUUUCUCUAUUGACCGGCGAUUUCGCCAAUGAUGUCGGGGCAUUGUGGCAAUCCGUCGGAGUCCUGGUUCGAGAUUUGGAUGAGAACCUCAAUGCGACGUACUCAUCGGGUUCCAUCAGGAUCGGAACAUCAGCCUUCAACUUGUACGAUAUGCUCGGAGACGUCUACGACGUGACUUACAGAUACGCAGUAGAAACCCUGGGGAUGGAAGUGGCAGAGCAGAGGCUUAGGACCUUGAUUGGUGACAUGGUUCAGCUCCAGACAGUCACCACUAACUACGUGGGCAACAUGGGAUCUCAGGUGCAAAGCCUCAACAACGCCGUUUCUGCUUCUCAGGUCUCCAGCUCUCCCUUCGACGGCGUUUUGCAUUCAGCGUCGAACGCACUGGCUAGCGCAGCUGUUAUUGUCGUCGACACUUCAAAGUUCCUUGUCGAUGUCACCGACGUCAUUGCCAAGGCUCUAGAUGAUAUGCACAGGCUCGAAAGUGAUUUCACAAGAGCUUGGAUCAAGUUGCUUCCUGCCGAGUGGGGAUUUAAUGGAAAUCUCAGUGGAUGGUACAAUGCUGGACGUCUGAUGGCCGCUAUCUCAAGAUACCUGGCAUCUUUCCAAAGCGCAUUCCAAGGCAUUGCAGAUUCGCUGACAUUCGGUUCAAACGUCAUGAACGACGCUGCCGGAGUUGCUUCCAGCGCUAUGGACCCGGCCCUGGUUAACGGACUACGGAGACUCGUACAAGGAAAAUAAUUUCACGUUCUUCCUCAAGACGGUGUGAUGAAUUGGCUGCUUGCUGUCGCGCGUGUUUUUUAAAAAACCCAAAAUUGUUCUCUAAAAGAAAUCGGACCAAAAAUCAGUACGGCCAAAGUGAUGUGUCAUCGUAUGCGAUUCCUCGAUGUGUGCUAUUUUGCUGUGACCCAGGGAAAAUAAAUUAUGUGGAUUUGUGUGAAA